AUGAAGUCUUCCAUCGUUCUUGCCGCCACUGGCGCCGUCCUGGCCAUGGGUGCCGCCAUCGACCCCCGUGCUAUGGAGACCGUCUUGGACAUCACCUACGUGACCGUCACCGUCACCGAGGGCGUCCCCAUCGAGACUCCCGCUGCCACUCCUUCCAGCAGCCUUCCCCCCAAGGUUGAGGAGACCCCUGCGCCCGCGCCUGUCUUCUCUACCAUCACCACCAAGCGCCGCUCUCGUACUCCCAAGGCUUCCACCACCCCGACUCCCACUCCCACUCCUACUCCCACUCCCACCCCUGAGCCGGUUGUCGAGCAGCCCGUCGCUUCGGAGCCCGCUGCCUCCUCUUCUGCUGCUCCCGUCGCUUCCGUCGUCGAGACUACCCAGUCUACCCCCAGCACCGCUGCCACCGUCAGCGACCUUCAGACUGCCGCCAUUGAUGCUCACAACAUCCACCGCACCAACCACUCCGCUCCCGCUCUGACCUGGGAUGCCGACCUUGCCAGCUACGCUCUCAUCACUGUCAAGACCUGCGUCUUCGAGCACGACAUGACUACUGGUGGUGGCGGUUACGGCCAGAACCUCGCCAUGUGGGGUGCCACUGGCUCCGAGAACUUGGGUGAGGCCAAGGCUGCUCAGCGUGCCAUCACCGAGCAGUGGUACAACGGCGAGCUCAACCUCUACACCGGCUACGGCCAGGCCAGCCCUGACAUGACCAACUUCCUUCAGUGGGGUCACUUCUCCCAGUUGGUCUGGGUUGACACCACCAAGGUUGGCUGCGGUGUCUACUACUGCGCUGCCGGUACCCUCAGCUCCAUUGGCAGCUGGUACACCGUCUGCAACUACAAGUCCCAGGGCAACGUUAUCGGUAGCUUCGACAAGAACGUCCUGCCUCCCGGCAACGCCGCCACCGUCAACGUCGCCUAA